AAUAAAGAAGGAAAUAAGUUGGCCAACUUAAGACGGCAAUGGUUAUAUGGUUAUGGCUGCCCCUAAUUUAUGACCCCUUCCUUUUCACAACAUUUUUUCUUUCCCUUCUCUCAUAAAUUUCCACAUCAAAACAUGCCUCCGCCGCUGCACAUUUCUGCAUCCUUCUUCAAAAAUUCUAUUCUCUUCUCUAUAUUGCCAUGGCCUCCGCCAACAGAUGGUUAAAGCCUGAGGUGUAUCCUCUCUUUGCUGCAGUUGGUGUGGCUGUUGGCAUCUGUGGGAUGCAGCUCGUUAGAAACAUAACCACCAAUCCUGAAGUCAGGGUUAUCAAAGAGAAGAGAACUGCUGGAGUGCUCGAUAACUAUGAAGAAGGUGAGAAGUAUGCAGAGCAUGGCCUUAGGAAGUUCCUCAGAACAAGACCCCCUCAGAUUAUGCCUUCCAUCAACAAAUUCUUCUCAGAUCCAAACUAAAUCCAAUUCGGUUACUGACCUUUGAAAUUAGUUGUUGAUCACCUGCUGAAUUUGUUUUCGAUGUAUACGUCGAGUCCUUUCAAAUAAUGAAGUGCUAUUUAAACCGAUAGUAUAUGAUUCUUCUGAUAUAGCUGGAAAAAACAAAGGAAGCACUACUCAUCUAGCAUAUCUGAGAUGUUAAGCUCAAAUUUUUCUAAA